AUGGAAUUCACUCGCUGUGGCAUCCAUGGCUUCCAUGAAGUCAUCGGUAUAGACACCGAUGAGAUUAGAUUCUUCUGGGCUUUACACGCCGACAACGAGUAUGCCAGGCAGACAGCCUAUCGGGUAGUUGUGUCCACCGACCGUGACAAUUUGGCAUCGAGUGGUGUAUGCUGGGACUCGGGGCGCGUUGAGAGUGAUGCUCAGAGAAACAUCAAAUGCACUCCCAACCAGCCUUUCCAGUCGACCACUUUCCAUUAUUGGAGAGUGACCGUAUGGGACGAAAAUGGCAUUUCAUUUGAAAGCUCUGUGAACGAGUUCUAUACCUUAUAUCCGCGCUCAUCGGGGCUGUUACCACCGUACAGCAUGAACCAGACAUAUAUGCCACACAGUAGUCUCAUAUUCCGGACUUGGUUUGAGGAUGAGCCCAACCGAUGGAAAGCGGUUUGGGUGGGCGAUGGCGGAGACAAGCCCAUCUAUUUAAGAAAGUCUAUUCAGCUUGCUCGACAGCCCUCUCGAGUCGUUGUAUUUGCAUCGGGACUGGGACAUUUCAAUCUCACCGUCAACGGAAAUGCAGCAUCUGAUCAUGUACUUGAUCCUGGCUGGACAAAUUACCACCGAUCUGUUCAGUAUGUCGGUUACGACUUAACUUCUCAAUGGCAACAAGGGGAGAACGUCAUUGGGGCUCAUGUUGGAAACGGCUUCUACGCAGGUGAUCAGGGUGACCGUUUUUUCUGGCCCACAUAUGAGGAUAAUACCUUCGUUCGGUAUGGAAACGAGCUAUGCUUCUUCGCUGAGGUUCACCUACACUAUGCCGAUGGUUCCCACGAGACCAUAGUGUCAGACCCAACGUGGAAGGUGAGGAAAAGUGCUACCACCCUUGCCAAUAUUUAUGCCUCAGAGAAUCACGAUCGACGGUUGUACCCCACUGGUUGGGAUUCUCCUGAUUUUGAUGAUGCGGAUUGGUCGCCAGCAAAGCCUUUGACUGGUCCAAGAGGCAAGUUGAGCUAUCAGAGCCAGCCCCCAGUCGUUCUGCAUAACACUUUUCACCCUAUCAAACGUCAGGUCACUCGCCCUGGCGUUAUCGUUUAUGACUUGGGGCAGAACUCCAGCAUCAUGGUGCAACUGGAGGUCAGUGGACCAUCUGCAUCAGAGGUCAUUGUUAGAUACUCCGAAACCCUUGGCGAUAAUGGAGAGGUCUUCAUGCCAGAUCCCCUGUUCAAAGAAUUCGAGCAUAACGUAUACUCGAAGAUCGUCCUUACUGGUGAAGGCCGCGAGACAUGGACUCCGGACUUCUGCUUCACAAGUGCUCGAUAUAUCCAAGUGGAGGGGGUCUCCGACGCCGAUAGUGAUAAUCUUCCCAUCAUUCAUUCUCUAAGUGCUCGACAUGUCUCAUCAGCUGCACGGCAGCUUGGGUGUCUCAAAACCGAUAAAGAAGACGUCAAUGCACUUAUCAAUGCUUGUUAUUGGACCUUCGCCAGCAACAUAUUUAGCUACCAUACCGAUUGCCCACAGAUUGAGAAAUUCGGAUGGCUCGAGGUCACAUCGCUUCUUGCACCUGCCACGCAGUAUAUCCGUGAUAUGGAAGCCGUCUACACGAAAAUUUUGGAUGAUAUCAUCGAUGCUCAGGAGCCAAAUGGUUUGGUACCUACAAUGGCACCGGAGAUUCGGUACAUGUGUGGUCCUCUCCAUGACACUAUUACCUGGGGCUGUGCGGUGUGCUUCCUUCCCGAGCUGAUCAAGCGCUACUACGGGUCUACCCACGUAUACUCUAAGAUAUAUCAGCCUUGUGUACGAUAUAUGGAGUAUAUGAAAACAAAAGAACGGAAAGGCGGCCUAAUUGAGCAUGGACUAGGCGACUGGGGCUAUGAUAUAGCGUUCGGAAAUCAUCAAGCAAACAUUGAAACUGCGGUUUACUAUCGCUGUCUCUGCAACGUAUCAAUGAUGGCAAAGGAGCUGGGAUUUACCGAGGAUGCGGCCUUGUAUGAGGCCUGGGCUGCACGUAUCUACGGUGUUUACAAUUCCCACCUUCUGGUCUCCGAUAAGACUGAAUACCCCUAUGCUUUCUAUACUUCUCUAGAUAAUCCUGGUGUCCAUGACCGCACUAUGGUUAACCAGGCACUCGCGCUGCAGUUCGGCCUGGUGCCCGCAGAGUACCGCUCUGAUAUCAUCCAGGCAUUUGUUGCUGCCGUAGAGGAGUCGGGCCCGAGGAUUCGCGCUGGAGAAAUUGGGCUGAAGUACGUCUGGAGCACGUUUGCUGAGGCCGAAGUAGAUCGUCCCGACCUUGUCCUCGCCAUGGCCAGGCAGGAGGAACAUCCCAGUUACAUGCGAUUCAUCCGACGCGGUGAGACCACUCUCUCAGAGUUUUGGCAGGACGCUUGCCGGUCCAAGUGUCACGAUAUGCUUGGAACGAUCUAUGAAUGGUUCUACGCUGCGGUGCUUGGUGUGCAGCCUGUCGGCGAAGCGUACCGCACAUGGAAACUGCGGCCGCCAUUUCGAAGUGAGUUCGACUUUGUGGAAGGAGAAGUGGAUUGCCCAUAUGGCUUGAUUCGGGUAUGCUUUGAUCGUACGCAGGCUGAGGACACGAGUGCCAAGCUAGAAGUUACGGUCCCAACCAGCACCGUCUGUCCACCCCGUGUUCGCGAAGCUCUCCGCAUUUCACUCAGCGCCAAGGAAUACAAGAUCCUCCAUGACCUUGCUGUUCGGCGCGCCCCCGUGAAGGUCCAGUCUAAAUUGCCCUCUCCAUCAAGAUAUGAAGCCAUAGUGCGCUCAAAAAACAAAUACAAUGAGGCAGCUCUCCGCGCCUCUCUUCGAGUAUUCCUUGUAUCAGGAGCUUUAUUGAAAUUCGUUGGUUGGGCACUUGCAAGAAUCCGAGGGGAUCUGUCCAAGAAGAAAACACAAACUUCUUUCCUCCGCUCCCCCAACUUCCGCUUGUCAGCGUCCCUUUCGCUCGUCCUUCUCUUCCACAGACUUCUGCAUCGCUUCUUCGCCCGGCUACGCGCGAACCUCCGCACAGAUGAAGCCCAACCCUUCCGUAAUCGGAACCCUCGAGUGUCAAAAGCGUUGACAUCACGCUAUGCGCCCGCUGUUGGGGCUAGUCUGGCCCUUUUUGGCCUGGGCAUAUGCCCUCAGAAUCAGCUGCGACUGACAGCCGCAAUCUGGAUGGCUACUCGGAGCUUGGAGUUUCUUUUCAACGUCAUCGAUGAGAAAGGAUGGCUUGAGAAUCGGCCUGUGUGGUUUGGAAGCUGGUUGCUGAUGCCCCUGUCCUGCGCGCAGUUAUUCCAUGCGUUCAUCUUCGAUCGGGAGGCGACACCUAAGUGGCUCGGAAAUGUCAUCUUCAGGCUCUCUCCAGGCUACAUCCUCGAUCGCCCUGAAAGUUUGCCUACAGAGUUUUCUUGGCCGGGAAAGGAGGAUGUGGUUGACUCGCUCGCAACUGUCGCUAAUUUGCGCUGGCCCGCAUUCGUCUCGCCGAUAUUGCAUCCCGGAGACCUUAAUACCCUACCGUCUGCUGUCAAGUCUAUUUCACCAAUUACCGGACCUGCUCAUCCGUCUAUUUCAAGCCUGUCUUGCGCAUUGCUCCAUUCGAGCAGCCCCAGCUGUAGUACGGCUUUUUUGCACAAUAUUCUCCUCUCGAUCCCUCGUCUGGCCCGGUUUGUGACAACCGUUACCUUGGCGCUGUCUGUGCUCAAGUUCAAGAAGCUGAUGGCCAAUCCUAUCACCUCGAUCAAUAAUCUUUCGAAGAAAAUCAUCACACUGACUGCUGUCCUCUCUGCGUCUGUCGGCUCCGCGUGGGGCAGCAUUUGUCUCUGGAACUCACUUUUCCCGCGCUCUGUCCUGCCUACCAAACGCUUCUUCCUGAGCGGUGCAGUUGCGGGUAUGCCAUUCGCGUUCCUUGCGAAUAGCCGGAGCGUUUUCACGUACUUUUUCCGAGCCGCCGUGGAUUCGGCAUGGAAGACGGGCACCAAGCGGGGGCUCUGGAAGGGAUGGAAGGGCGGGGACCUGUUCAUCCUUGUACUUUCCUGGGCACUGAUCAACUCCAUCUUGGAGAGCAGACCGAAUGCGGUUCAAGGCCGGGGGGUGCGGAAGGCUCUAGCAUGGAUGAAGGGUGAAGGUUUUGUGGACCCGGUUGAUGUUGCGGCAAAGAGGAAGCUGAAGAAAGCCAAGAAGGCUGAGACUGAGCACUAA